AUGUGUAUUCAAGAAGAAGUGCGAUUAAAGCAGGAAGGAAAUCACUUUGCACUGGCUGUAACUCAUGGAACUAUGAAGAAAAAAAUGAAAUUUAUGAAGAGUGGAAAGAAAUUUGCACCAAACAAAAGAUAUGAACCAGAUGAAAGUAGUCAGGGUCAUGGAAAGGAUUUUGUUGUCACCUAUUACUUUAGUAACAAAAAGGGACACGUAAAGAAGGACUGUGAGAAAUGUAAGGCUGGGUCCGAAAAGAAAGGCAUUCAUCUUUCUUUUGUACGUUAUGAAUCAAAUCUUAUUGAAGUUUCUUCUUACACUUGGUGGUUUGACUCUGGUGCUACAACUCAUAUCACAAAUUCAUUACAGGGAUUCCUUACAACUCAAAAACCGGAGGAAAGUGAAAAGUACAUCUGUAUGGGGAACCGUGUCAAAUCUAAAGUGGCGUUUGUUGGCACUUAUCGCCUCAUAUUAGAGACGGGCCAUAAGAUGGAUAUUGAAAACACUUUUUAUGUACCUUCAUUUUCUAGGAAUUUAGUUUCUUUGUCAAAACUGGAUGUUUGUGGUUAUUCAUCUUUAAUUGACUGUGGAAAACGCAGGAUAUCUUGA